CUCAAACCCUGCCAACUGUGUAUCGAGCGCAAACCGCUGUUCCUGGAGAGCUCGCGCAGCUUACUUCGCCGACGUACGCGACAGACAGCAAUGUGGUGAUCUCUCGCUGGAAGCUCCUGAGAUCUCCGUGACUUACGCCUCACACGAUGGCGAUCACAUCAAUACAGUCUAUUCUCCCUGCUCGGUUCUCAAUCAAUUCAUCCGAGCAGGGGGCCGCCAAGCCGCCUCCCAAAAUCUUUAAUGUCUACGAACGUCCGUUCAAAGGCUAUCAGCCUCCGCAGCCCGAUGGUUACGAACAGAGCAGAUCCAGGCCCGAUACGAGCGCUAUAGUCAUCGAUAAUGGUUCUCAUCUCGUCAAAGCCGGCUGGUCGUUUGACAAGAAUCCCCGGUUUAUACUGCCCCCUGUGAUGAGCCGAUACCGAGACCGGAAAUUGAACAAGGCUUGCCAGUUCAUCGGACACGAUGCCUACGUCGAUGCGACUACGCGCGGACAGCUCCGAUAUGCCUUCGAUCCCGGUACUAGCGUGGUGGGAAACUGGGACGUAAUGGAAGGAGUAUUGGACUAUCUUUUUAUCAAGCUCGGUGUGGACGGGGCCAAUGGAGGCGUUGACAGGCCCAUUGUUAUGACGGAGCCUAUCGCAAACCCAAACUACCCGAGAAAAAGUGAGAAGACUGCAUGCGAGGUGAAGCUGGUGCUGACGUCUAUAGUGAUGAACGAAAUCCUGUUCGAAUGUUACUCCGCCCCGUCCGUUGCCUACGGAAUCGACUCGCUGUUUUCGUACCGAUAUAACCGCGGAACAGACGGUCUUAUAGUUGACUCCUCGCAUACAUCCACGCAUGUUAUCCCGGUGCUCAAUUCGAAGGCUUUACUUUCCAAUUGCUCGCGCCUGAAUUUCGGUGGCAUGCACGCUUCGGAGUAUCUGUUAAAGCUUAUGCGCCUCAAAUACCCGACUUUCCCGGGGAAGAUGACGGAGCAUCAGAUGGAAGACUUAAUGCAUAACCAUUGUUAUGUAUCAAAAGACUACGAUCGGGAAUUGAGUGGGUACCUGGAUUGGACCGGAUUGGAAGACCGUGAUCAUGUUAUCCAGUAUCCAUUUACAGAGCACAUCGUACCGGAGAAAACAGAGGAGGAACUUGCGCGAAUCGCAGAGAGGAAGAAAGAGAGCGGGCGACGGCUGCAAGAACAAGCUGCGAAGAUGCGACUCGAAAAGUUGAUGAAAAAGGAGCAAGAACUGGAGUACUACAAGGACCUACAGCGUGGUCUCCAGUCUGAGACGAAAAAGGAGAAGACACGCAUUCUAGAUGCCGAGGACCUGAAAGACGAAGCACAUCUAGAGCGGCUAAUUCGGGAUCUUGAGCGCUCAAUUAAGAGAUCGAGAAACAAAGACCUAGGAAAUGAAGAGCAGGAAGAAGCAUCGGAGGAGAUGUCGUUCCCAUUACUGGAUGUGCCAGACGAAGAGCUAGACGAGGCUGGGUUGAAGGAGAAGCGUCAUCAGCGACUUAUGAAAUCCAAUGUCGACGCACGGCAACGUGCUAAGGAAGAGAAGGAGCGGGAACAAGCGCGAAAGGAUGAAGAACUCCGGCUUGAUCGCGAGAAGCGGGAGAACGACCCUGAGGGCUGGGUCGCUGAACGGAGAGCACAGCGCCAGAACCUCCUUCAACGGAUCAAGGAACGCGACCGCAUGAAAGCCGAUCUAGGCAACCGCAAGUCAUUAGCAAGCCAGAUGCGCAUGAAGACUCUCGCCAACCUCGCAGCGGACGGCCCUAAAAAGCGACGAAGAGGAGGUGAUGAUGAUGAUUUCGGCGCCAACGAUGAAGAUUGGGGUGUUUACCGUACAGUGGCUACUGGCGAGCAGAGCGACGACGACGAAGAGGAGGAUCUCAGUGGAAUGCUUGACAGCGUCGAAAGGGAGUUGCUUGAAUACGACCCGGAGUUCACCGAGAACCACACCCUAGCUGCUCAAUCGGACUGGACAAAGAGUCUGAUUCACGUGUUUUUGCGUGGUCCCUGGCCGUUUGACCCGGAAAGCCAGCGCGAGGCCCACCAAAUACACCUGAAUGUGGAGCGAAUCCGAGUACCCGAAGUAGUCUUCAAGCCUUCUAUUGCCGGAAUUGACCAGGCAGGCAUAGUGGAGAUCGCCGCCGACAUUGUCAAUCAGCGCUUUUCGAAUCCGGAGGAACAGGCGAGAUUACUGCGCGAUGUCUUUUUGACUGGCGGCAACACUCUGUUUCAAAAUUUUGAUGAACGGUUCCGAAACGACUUCCGGGCAUGCCUCCCUCUCGAGGCACAGUUGACCGUCCGUCGUGCCUCGGAUCCAAUCUUGGACGCCUGGAAGGGAGCAGCGCAAUGGGCCUCUGGAUCGGGGCUGGCCAAGUCAUCUAUUUCGCGCGAGGAGUACCUGGAAAAGGGCAGUGAAUAUCUCAAGGAACACGAUUUGGGCAACGUUACGUCGUGGUGAUGGAAGGGGCACAGGCGUAGCUUGGAGUCGGGCGUCGGGCCAGUUGCUUAGUUGCUUAGUUAGACUAGGAUAUAAUUAUUCCAGAUUGGCAUUUGCACUCAAAUCUGCAUUUGCA